UUAUUUCUCCUUCCACUGCCUUGUCGAAGAAGAAAGAGAGAGAAAAACAAGAGAAAUGAAAGGAGAUGAAAGAAACCCAUCUCUCCAAUCUCCUCUAAUUUCAAUCUAUGAUAAGAGGUUGGAAUCCAACGAUGGAGAAAGCUUAGGAAAAUUGGGUAGGAAAAGAGAGAUAGUUGAAGAGCUAAAGAAGCAGUUAUGGUUAGCUUGUCCACUUGUAGCAGUCAAUCUCUUGCAGAUGUGUUUGCAAUUGAUCUCUGUAAUGUUGGUGGGCCACCUUGGGGAGCUUGCUCUCUCUGGUGCUUCCAUGGCUACUUCAUUUGCUGGGGUGACUGGUUUCAGCUUCAUGAUGGGAAUGUCAAGUGCCUUGGAUACGUUGUGUGGCCAGGCUUAUGGAGCGAAACAAUAUCAUAUGCUUGGUAUACAUAUGCAAAGGGCUAUGUUUGUCCUUCUACUUGUAUGCAUCCCCCUUGCUUUCAUCUGGGUUAACACAGGUCCAAUUCUCUUGGCCGUUGGACAAAAUCGAGAGAUAUCAAUGGUAGCCGGAGAAUAUGCCCGUUGGAUGACACCGUGCAUUUUUGCUUACGGCCUCCUUCAGUGCUACAUCAAAUUCCUACAAACCCAGAACAUUGUCUUUCCCAUGAUGAUAACCACUGCAAUUACUGCCUUAUUCCAUCUCUGUGUGUGUUGGAUUCUGGUGUUCAAAUCUGGCCUUGGUAGCAAAGGUGCUGCCUUGGCAAAUUCCAUCUCUUAUUGGAUCAAUGUGAUUCUGUUGGCUCUUUAUGUUAAGUACUCUCCUGCCUGCAAGAAGACGUGGACUGGUUUAUCAAAGGAGGCCUUGCAUGAUAUCCUCAACUUUAUAAGACUUGCUAUUCCUUCAGCAAUUAUGGUUUGCUUGGAAUUCUGGUCAUUUGAGAUGUUGGUUCUCAUGUCUGGUCUUCUUCCUAAUCCAAAGCUAGAAACAUCAGUGCUAUCUAUCAGCCUUAACACAUGUUCAAUGCUCUUUAUGAUCCCAUUUGGCCUUAGUGGUGCAGUCAGCACAAGAGUGUCUAAUGAAUUGGGCGCUGGGCAUCCGCAAGCUGCACGCUUAGCAGUAAUUGUUGUGGUGGUCAUGGCUGUUACCGUGGGUGUGGUAGUAGGAUUAAUCAUGAUUUUGGUGCGUGGCAUUUGGGGCUACGCAUAUAGCAAUGAACAAGAAGUCGUGAAGUACAUGGCAAUCAUGAUGCCCGUGCUUGCAACCUCUAACUUCUUGGAUGGAAUGCAGUCCGUGCUUUCCGGUGCUUGUCGAGGAUGUGGAUGGCAGAAGCUUGGUGCUUUUGUUAAUCUAGGUGCUUAUUACAUUGUGGGAAUCCCUUCUGCUAUUCUCUUGGCCUUCAUCUUACAUGUUGGAGGAAAGGGUCUUUGGAUGGGGAUUGUAUGCGGGCUUUUUGUACAAGUGUUGUCGCUUGGAACCAUAACUCUCUGCACUAAUUGGGAGAAAGAGGCAAGUAAAGCUAAGGAUAGAGUUCUGAAUUCAAGCCUCCCAGUGGAUAUGGCAUCUUAAAACUGACCUCUUAUCAUCUUUCCAGUAAACAUUCUUCACAGAAAUCAAGGGAAAGCCAGUUAUAGUUGGAUCA